CUGUGUGUGAGCGCGUGCAUGCCUCGGACGUGCGUGAGCGCGAGCUGAGCGUGAGGAGCUGGUGUGGAGGAGCGCACAAACACCGGAAGGACAGACAGAGGAGAUCAGAGGAGGAAGGAAAGGUGGAGAAAGUUCUCCUCAGUGAUUUUGUAGUUUUCAGCUUCACGCGCCUCUUUGUAGGACUUAUUAAAGUGGGCGCGCGCGGCUGUGUGACAGUGCGGGUCUCGCGGAGGGGGUGAGCAUGGCGGAUAUAGAGAACUACAGCAGUCUGCAGGAGUUCACCGAGGAGCUCACAGCGCGCGGAGACAAGCCCAUCCUCCGCUCAGCGCACGCGAGAGCAGCAGGUGUGGUUAAGGGGAUGGAGUGUGUGAGGGGACAGAUGGCUGCUGUGCUGCUGGUGGCUCUGCUGGCAUCGAUUUGUGCCAACAUAGUUCUCGGAGUUCUCUUGAUGAACAGCAGAUCUGCUGGUACCUCGGUCAGUGAGAGCACAGCUGGCUCUGGGAGGGAGGCGGCCUCUCUGACCCUGAAGCUGAGCGCCCUGCAGGAGCGUUUCUCCGUCCUGUGCUCUGAGUACACCACCCUCGGCAGCAGCUGCAGAACACCAGUAAAGACGUGCAGGCCGUGUCCGGAGGGCUGGACACAUCUGCAGGGGAAGUGCUACUUCUUCAGUGAAGACAAACUGGACUUUAGGAACAGUAAAGACAGCUGUGCUUCUAUGGGCAGCCAUCUAACCAUCCUCCACACCUACCAGCAACAUGAUGAUCUGGGAAAAAUAGCUCGUUCUUUUGGUGGGUUUGACUACCAUUACUGGAUCGGCCUGACCGACACUGAAGAAGAGGGAGUGUGGAAAUGGGUGGACAACACAGUGGUCAACAAAACGUACUGGAAGAACGAAGAGCCAGAUAAUCACCAGUCCGGAGGACUCCACGGUGAGGACUGUGCUGUGCUGGAGUCCCACUCUAAGUCCUGGUACGACGUACCCUGCGAUUUCCUCUACAAGCGUAUCUGUGAGAUGGAUGCUGUUCCUGUGCAGUAAAAACGUGGAAACUGUGGAUUGUUUACCAAAGAGCUAAUCUGAAAGCUGUAAUUGUAAAUAUAUCAAAAAAUGAAUGUUUAAAAGUUGUCUAAUGGAGGAUAAGCCAAUUAAACCAAGUAAAAGUAUUGCUACUGCAGGGAAAUGAUGAGUUAGCAUACCAAGAAAGCUAAGCUAGCACGCUUAGCUGGGGAAUUUGCCGCAAAGAUAUGUAUUUUUAAUUUUAAUGAUGAAUUAUAAUUAAUUGAUUGAUUGAUUGAUUGAUUUGCAUAUCCUGAGUGUCUGCACACCAAAGUACACAGAAACAUCAUCCUCGCCUAUAGCACAGUUAGCACUGAAGUUAGCUUACUUUUUUAAAUAGUGUAUUUUUUAAAACUGAAAACUUGUUUUGUUUUUUUAAUUGGGAGAUGAAGCAUAUAACAAAAUGCUGAUUUAUCACACCUCAGACUGUGAUUGUGGAAAAACAUUAGAUUUUUUGUACCUUUUGAAUAUGUUAUUUUGUACAUUUUGCACUGUUUUUCACAAAUAAAGAAAAUUAUCUGCUGA